AUGGCACAGACAAUGCUGGUACCACCAGGAUCUGACAGCUUCUUCUAUUUCACCAAAGAAUCUCUUGCAGCUAUUGAAAAACGUAUUGCUGAUGAAACAUCUCCUUGUGACAAAGAUGAGCAUAAAGAUGAUGGUGUUCAUGAGGAAGAUCACCCAAAGCCAAGUAAUGACUUGGAGGCAGGAAAGACACUGCCAUUCAUUUAUGGUGAUAUUCCUCCAGGAAUGGUAUCUGAGCCCCUGGAGGACCUGGAUCCAUAUUAUAUCAAUAAAAAAACAUUUAUAGUAUUGAAUAAAGGAAAGACAAUCUUCAGGUUCAGUGCCACACCUGCCUUGUACCUUUUCUCUCCUUUCAAUAUUGUUAGAAGAAUAGCUAUUAAGAUUUUGGUUCAUUCGUGGUUCAGCAUACUCAUUAUGCUCACUAUUUUGACAAACUGUGUAUUUAUGACAUGGAGUAACCCUCCAGACUGGACAAAGAAUGUAGAGCACACUUUCACUGGAAUUUAUACUUUUGAAUUUCUGGUAAAAAUAAUUGCAAGAGGCUUCUGUAUAAAUGAUUUUACUUGCCUUCGUGACCCCUGGAACUGGCUUGAUUUUGUUGUCAUUUCCUUUGCGUAUAUUACAGAAUUUGUAAACCUAGGCAAUGUUUCAGCUCUUCGAACUUUCAGAGUAUUGAGAGCUUUGAAAACUAUUUCUGUAAUCCCAGGCUUGAAGACUAUUGUUGGAGCCUUAAUUCAAUCUGUGAAGAAGCUCUCAGAUGUAAUGAUUUUGACUGUGUUUUGCCUGAGUGUAUUUGCACUAAUAGGACUGCAGCUGUUCAUGGGCCAUUUGAAGAAUAAAUGCUUGUUCUGGCCAUCAGAAAACGCAACAACUUUUGAGAAAUACCUAGCUCCAUACUUCAAUGGUACAGAGUUUGAUUGGACAGCAUACAUUGAGAAUGAAAGUAAUUUUUAUCGCAUAGAAGGACAAAAGGAUCAUCUGAUUUGUGGCAAUAGCACAGAUGCAGGUAAAUGUCCAGAACAGUUUAUCUGUGUGAAAGCUGGUAGAAACCCCAACUAUGGAUAUACGAGCUUUGACACGUUCAGUUGGGCUUUCUUGUCACUGUUUCGACUGAUGACUCAGGACUCCUGGGAAAAUCUUUAUCAGCUGACACUACGAGCUGCUGGCAAAACAUACAUGAUAUUUUUUGUUCUGGUAAUUUUUCUGGGUUCCUUCUAUUUGAUUAACUUAAUUUUGGCUGUGGUUGCCAUGGCCUAUGAAGAACAAAAUCAAGCAACUAUGGUUGAAGCAGAACAGGGGGAGGCAGACUUGCAGCUGAUGCUUGAACAGCUGAGGAAGCAGCAAGAAGCAGCUCAGGCAAUAGCAGCAGCUGCAGCAGAGAUGAGUGAGUACAGCGGUGAAAGUGGGAUCGGUGGACCCUCUGAUAGUUCUUCAGAAGCAUCCAAACUUAGCUCAAAAAGUGCCAAAGAAAGGAGAAAUAGAAGAAAGAAAAGAAAGCAGAGAGAGCUCUCUGGAGAAGAGGAUGACAUGAAGGAUGGAAAGCUUCCAAAAUCUGGAUCAGAAAGCAGUAUCAGAAGGAAAGGUUUCCGUUUUUCUUUCGAUGGGAACAGACUUGCUUAUGGGAAGCCGUUCACAUCACCCCAUCAGUCUUUACUGAGUGUUCAUGGCUCCCUGUUUUCUCCCAUACGUAGCAGCAGAGCAAGUCUUUUUAGUUUUAGAGAGUACGGAAGAAAGAUAGGAUCUGAAAAUGACUUUGCCGAUGAUGAGCACAGCACGUUUGAGGAUAAUGGGAGCAGAAGAGGUUCUCUCUUUUUGCCGCGCAGACACAGUGAACGGCGCAGUAGUAACAUUAGUCAGACCAGCCGAUCAUCGAGAAGGCUGGCAGUGUUUCCAGUGAACGGGAAGAUGCACAGCACUGUGGAUUGCAAUGGGGUGGUUUCCUUAGUGGAUGGACCACCAGGUCUAUUGUCCCCUACUGGACAGCUGCCAGAGGUGAUAAUAGAUAAACCAACAACUAAUGACAAUACCACUAUUACAGAAAUAGAAAUAAAAAAGAGGCGUACAAGUUCAUAUGGAAUACCAAUGGAGCUGCUGGAGGGUCCCAAUUUAAGGCAAAGAGCCAUGAGUAUAGCUGGCAUUAUUACAAAUACAAUGGAAGAACUUGAAGAAUCCAGGCAAAAAUGUCCACCUUGCUGGUAUAAGUUUGCCCACACUUUCUUAAUUUGGGAUUGUUGGAAGCCCUGGUUAAAAGUAAAGAAUGUAGUUGAAUUCAUUGUAAUGGAUCCACUUGUUGAUCUGGCUGUCACUGUUUGUAUAGUUUUAAACACAUUGUUUAUGGCCAUGGAACAUUAUCCAAUGACUGAGGAUUUCAAUAAUGUACUUAAAAUAGGAAAUCAG